AGCGCGCUUCCUCCUUCCAGAGUUGUAGUUGUGGAGCGGCUAUUAGCUUUAGCUCCCACUUUGAGGCUGCAUUAGCUGCUAACUGAGCGUCCACAGCUGGACUCACCGUCGCUGCUCCCCGCUGUCUUUUGAGAAGGAGUCCAUCUUCCGGUCAGGUCAUGGCAGAUUUCUCGUUGGCAGAUGCUUUAGGAGACGACACUCCAUCCCAGGCUAAGAAGACGAGUAACACGAACCCUUCUGCCAUUGCUGGUAACACCGCACCUCCUGCAAACCCAGGAUGGCCCGGCUCGGCCCCCGGUGCUCCCACCCAGCCCUCUGCUCCAGUUGACUUUGGCGGAGGAUCUUCCGGCCCUGGGGCACCAGGGCAAUUCCCAUUCCCCUCAGGGCCUGGAGCACCAGGGCAAUACCCAGGACCACCUUCAGCACCUGGUGGUUACCCUCCUGGUCCUGGGAUACCUGGACAAUACCCACCAGCACCAGGAGCACCAGGGCAGUUUCCAUCAAGCCCUGGAGCCCCGGGGCAGUUCCCCGGGCAAUAUCCACCCGAGGGAGCUCCCGGACAGCUGCCCGGUGGCCCCGCUCCAUAUCCAACUGGACCGUUUCCGUCAGGGCCCGGAGCCCCCCCUGGGCCCUAUCCCAAUGUGCCUUACCCAGGUUGUCAGCCAGGAGGAGGUAACGGCAUGUAUGGACCAGGAGGCCCAGGCACCUUCCCACCUCCAGCGGGUCCGGGCGGCUUUCCUGCAUUCCCCACUGGAGGGUUUCCCCCAAUGCCCACUGGGUCUUGGGGGCCACCUGCAGGUGGAGGCUUCCCUCCUGCUCCUGGCCCCUACGGACCUGGUCCUGGGCCGAUGGGUCCAUAUGGCGGGCCUGCUGCUCCCGGAGGCACACUGAUGUUGCCAUAUGAUCUCCCGCUUCAUGCUGGAAUUAUGCCUCGACUUUUAAUCACAGUAAUCGGGGAGCCGCUUCCCGGUGCAGACAGGUUUAAAGUGGACUUCGUCAAGGGACCAGAUGUCGUCUUUCACUUCAACCCUCGAUUUAGCGAGCAAACAAUUGUCAGAAACUCCAACUUAGGAGGAUACUGGGGACCAGAGGAGCGGGAAGGAAUCUUUCCAUUUGUUCAAGGGCGUCGUUUUGAGCUGAAGAUCCUGGUGGAGGAGGACAUGUUCAAGGUGGCCGUGGACGGCACCCACCUGCUGGAGUACGAGCACAGAGUCGGCGGGCUGGAGGAGGUCACCCUGGUGCAAGUGUCCGGCGACAUCGCGCUCUACAGCGCGGCGCCCAGCAUGAUCUGAGCCGACGCCUGAACCACAUGCUGAACAGCAGACCCUGGUCAAACUUGGGUAUUUGAAAAUCCUUUCAAAUACUGGUUGGAGUGGCACCGUAGUCAGCGACGUGCAAUCGAUGCCCACCUGGCACAUUUAUCACAGAACAGAUGGCUGAAUUACUCUGGUCUGCACACAACAAGUCUUGUAUUUCUUUCUUUUAUUUCUGGAUGGCAUCUUAUUUUCAAGCCACUCAUAACCCCGUCUGUUUCAUGGCAAGAAAGUAUCAAAGUAGUGAACGAGAUGAAUGCAUCAAAAGUAGAUGUUUUAAGGAAAAUUGCUCAUUUAUAACUAAUGAAAAGAUUGUAGGCUGAGUGGAAAUGUGCAACGUGGCCCAAACAUUUCAAUUUCCUUCUACCGGUAUGCUGCGUUUUGUUUACAUGAGUGUUUAUUAUUCUGUUUGAUUGUAUUAGAAUUUUGUUGUAAUGCAUGAGAGUGUGAUGCUCCAAAGCAACUUCUGAUUUCACCGCCUUACUUUCAGUGCUGGCUCGUCCCUCAGAGGUGUUUGUACUUGGUUUGCUUCAGCAGUUCUCCCCCUGAAGUCCCAGGCUGGGGAGGGAAUUACGAUUUCAUGUUGAAGUCUAAACUUUAUUAGUUGGUACAGAAGAGGCUGGAAUCACACCAGGAAAAAGUGGCCAAGUGGAGGGAUGGAGUCAGGGACUUUGUUGCCAAAGAUCACCGCGCUGCAGUAUUUUGAGAUCAUUUCACAAAAAGGCAACAAAUAAAUAAUGACUGAUAAGAGCUAUUUGAUUCUGAAUAUUGUAAACUUUUCACAAACUACCCGCCUGCACAUGUAAUAAAUACUGGUUUUCCUCUUG